GGACAUUAUUAUUAACCAGGAUCACUUGUAUCUUCAUUUAUUAAAUUUCAAUUCUUUUUUCUUGGUUUCCUUUGCAUUUCAAAACCAUUACACGUCUCGUCGGCGGCAGGCGAAGAAUCAACGUUGACUUUUUUGUUCUCUUGCUUUGACUCUUGAUUCAGGUGUGUGAUGAUGCAGAUCACUUGUCCUGAGAGCUAACUUCCGCAAUGAGUAGGCGAGGAGCGAUUCGUAGAUCCGGAGAAGAUUGGAUAAACUUCUUACCUGAUCCUUUGCUAUAUCAGAUACUCUCUGAUCUUCCUACAAAGACUGCUGUUACCACUAGUGUCUUGUCCAAUAGAUGGAGACAUCUCUGGCUUUUGACACCAAUCUUGGAUUUAAACAUCGAUGACUUCCCUGACUACGCUACCUUCUCGAGCUUCGUCUCCAGGUUUCUUGAUUUCUCCAAGGAGUCGUGCUUACACAAGCUGAAGCUUGCUUUCAAGAGACAAGAUGAUGAUGAUGAUUCGUCUUUUUCGCUCACGUCGUGGAUCGAAACCGCGGUUUUGCGUAAGAUCCAACAUCUUGAAGUUGACUGUCGUUUGAGUUUCAUGUGUGAGAUGAUGCCUCUAAGCCUUUACUUAUGCGAGACUUUGGUUUCACUGAGACUCCACUAUGUAGCGUUGCGUAGCUUCGAGUCUUUGUCUUUACCUAAUCUCAAGGUGAUGCAUCUGGAAGAGAAUCUAUACGAUACCGACGAUGUUCUCGAGAAUCUCAUCUCGUCCUGCCCCGUUCUUGAAUCUUUAACGGUCGUUAGAAACGUUGAUGAGACUGUAAAGGUUCUACGUGUUCGGUCUAAAACACUGAACACUCUCAAACUCGUUCUCGAUAGUUCCGAGUCUUGGUACAAUGAUGAUGGUGACGAUUGGGAGGUUUUGAUUGAUGCUCCUGGACUCGAGUAUCUGAGUCUUGAAGAUGACCAGUCGGUUUGUUUUGUAAUAAUAAGCAACUUGUCUGCAUCUUCAAAGGUAGAGAUUGAUGUAAGUUUCAAUGUGAAUGAUAUUUGGGACGUGAAUGAUGAGUCAAUGGAGAGGUUCAGCGCUGUUGGUAAACUUCUCAAUGGGGUAUCGAGUGUAAGGGACAUGACUAUAAGUGAAACAACUUUGAAGAUCAUCUGUCAGUACAUGAAUUUCGAACCGGUGCCUUGUUUUCCCAACAUGAUACGGUUACAAACAGAACUCUAUAUUACUGAUAUGAAAUUGUCAUUGCUAAAGUUUCUUGAGAGCUUUCCGAAUCUCCAAACACUGAUCCUGAAGCUGAAAGGUGUGAUAUAUACAGAGAACAUGAGGUUGUCAUUGAUACCAAAGUGUUUACAAACGAGCCUAGAGUAUGUUGAGCUGGCAAGACCAAACUGUGGACCUGGGAUAGAGAUGAUUAUGGAGCUAGUCAAGUACUUGCUUGAGAACUGUCUAGUCCUCAAGAAAUUUACUUUGCGGUUGGAGUGUGAUAAAAAGGAGCAAGAGUCUACCGUCGUUACACAACUCAUGAGGUUCAGGACAUGUUCUAGUGCUUGUGUAAUCGAUGUUGUUAGACUUGAAGAUGAUUAG